AUGAGUUGCCAGGCAUUUACUUCAGCUGACGCCUUCAUCCCCUUGAAUUCUGAUUCUUCUCCUGCUCUGCCUUUGAUAAUGCAUCAUAGCGCUGCAGAAUGCUUGCCCGUCUCCAACCAUUCUACCAAUGUCGUGUCUACAGUCCCGUCUGUUUUGUCUUUGGUCCAUACUCCUAAAUGUUCCCACGUGCACUUCUCCAUGGCGACUUUGGGAAACACAUCUACAGGUCUUCAUUAUUCAGUACCUUCCUGUCAUUAUGGAAACCAACCGUCUACCUAUGGGGUGAUGGCAGGCAUCAAGCCUGCAACUCCAGAAAUGCUAUCAGCAAGUCUCUCUCAGAGUCGCAUUUUACAGACCUGCAGCAUGUCCCAUCCCAAUGUGGUGAAUGGUGUUAGCACUCUGCAAGGUGGCCUGACCCCUUGCCUUUAUAAAUUCCCUGAACAUGCUUUGAGUGCCAGUUCCUGUGCUCUGGGGCAUGGCUUCACACCUAUGCACCAGUCCAUCCUUGGAGAUGAUCCUGUAACCGCUGACUUCAAGCAGGAAUUCCGCAGAAAAACCAAGUCUGUUGAAGAGCCCAUAGACAUGGAUUCCCCUGAAAUCAGGGAACUUGAAAAGUUUGCCAAUGAGUUCAAACUAAGGAGAAUUAAGCUAGGCUAUACACAAACAAAUGUUGGAGAAGCCCUUGCUGCUGUGCACGGUUCUGAGUUCAGUCAAACAACAAUUUGCCGAUUUGAAAAUUUACAGCUGAGCUUCAAAAAUGCCUGCAAACUGAAAUUGAUAUUAUCCAAAUGGCUGGAAGAAGCAGAACAAAUAGGAGCUUUAUACAACGAAAAAGUUGGAGUGAAUGAACGGAAAAGAAAGCGCAGAACCACCAUAAGCAUUGCCGCUAAAGAAGCUCUAGAGAGAAACUUUGGGGAACAAAGUAAGCCUUCUUCUCAAGAGAUUAUGAGGCUGGCUGAGGGGCUCAACCUUGAGAAGGAAGUUGUGAGAGUUUGGUUUUGCAACCGAAGACAGAGGGAAAAAAGAGUGAAGACAAGUUUACACCAGAACACCUUUAGUUCUGUCAUGAAGGAGCAUCACGAGUGCCGGUAAAAUUUCCUGUCUUAGCUGAGGAUUUCUGGGCCUUUAAGAUUUUUUUUUUUAUAAAGUAUUUUGUCAAUCUGAAAAGCAGUGCGCCAGAAACAUUUGUUUCCUUUACAGAUUAGCCAAUUUUAACUGUAAUGCAUCUUGGAUGGACUCAAUUUUAACAUAGUUACUAUAUGUGUUUAUGCAGGGGAGACUGUUUAGCUGUAAGCUAGUCAAUUUGCAUUAGCGGAUUAUUAAUGUGUUACAAAUUGCACAAAUCCUACAUUUCAUACACCAUGUCUUUCUUGCAUUCACAAUAUACCCACUAUUUAAUAUGGACUUUACCAAAAAGAUCUGGAAUGGAAUGCUAUGUGUUAAAUUAAGUAGAGGUUACUUACUAGUACUACAGCUUAAGAAAGAAUGUUGAUACAUAGCCACGCUUGUGUGAUGCACCCCUCAGCAAGGAGCUUCACAAACCUUCUAGAAAAGCUACAGCCCCUCACAAGUGUCCCUUUGCAGGACCAAAUAUUUAGAGCUAAGGGAUGAGGCAGUGAAAUCAGCUGCUGGUCCUCCUGCUAAACUUCAGCUUGACUGAACUUUGAGGAAGGUGACCAGGUAAUUGAGACUGCUAUCUGUCUUAAAAAAAACCUGCUUAGUGGCAGUCUUUCUUCUUUAGCAAUCUUUACAUCCAUGGUGUCUAACAUGCUAGCCAUUAGCCACAUGUGAUUAUUUGGCCGGUUGAGUGUAGCUGGUUUCCUAUAGCAGUAGCCACUGCUUCAGAACUGGUUGGACACCAUGGCAUAACACCUUCCCCCAUGGGAGUCUAUCUGGUCAUACAACCACACGAUUUUCAGAGGGGUAGCCAUGUUAGUUUAUGAUUGAAAAAACAACAAAUACAGGCAGUCCCCGAGU